AAAUGGAGAAGAAGUUAGAUUUUCCCGCCUUUUAAAGUGUCAACAACUGAGAACUGAGGACUGUCUGUUUCUGAUUUUAUAUUUUCCAUUUAAUGAUUUAAUUAUUACAUUAUUAACAUUUAUUAGCAGAUUACAUUAUAAUUUAUUAACUGGUAUUGUUGCAAAAGUUAAAUACAUACAAGCUAGGCAAAAUGGUUCGACGAGACUAUGAUAAAGAGGGAGAAAACUUAAAGACAUUUCUAAUGGAGUAUUGUGUCCAAGAUGAAACAGGAAGGAAGCAUUUUAAAUACGUAAAUCAGUUAACUAAACUAGCCCAUCGUGAACAAACUGCGAUGUAUGUUGAGCUUGAUGAUCUGCAUGAUUUCAAUGAAGAGUUGGCAAAUGAGUUGAUUAACAACACAAGACGCUACAGUACUCUUAUAUCAGACAUUGUUUUUGAUCUGUUACCUACCUUUGUCGAAAGAGAUGUUGUUGCUAAAGACGCUCUUGAUGUUUACAUCGAACAUAGGCUUAUGAUGGAGCAGAGAAAUAGACUGCCAAACGAACAAAGAAGUGAUAGGAAUAAGUUUCCUCCAGAAUUGAUGAAGAGAUAUGAAAUUUACUUCAAAGAUUUGUCUACAAGAAAACACGUUCCAAUUAGGGAAGUGAAAGCAGAUAGUCUUGGUAAACUAGUGACGGUAAAGGGCAUAGUGACCCGUUCGACCGAAGUAAAGCCAAUGAUGUGCGUCGCAACUUACACUUGCGACCAGUGUGGUGCCGAAACAUAUCAACCAGUAGCUGGUCUAAGUUUCAUGCCCGUUACUCUCUGUCCAAGCGACGAUUGCAGAGUAAAUAAGGCAGGAGGAAGACUGUAUUUACAAACCAGGGGAUCAAAGUUUACAAAAUUUCAGGAGUUGAAAAUUCAAGAACAUAGCGAUCAAGUUCCUGUCGGACAUAUACCGAGAACAUUAACAGUAUUUUGCAGGGGUGAAGUGACCAGGCGAGCUUUACCUGGCGAUCAUGUCGCGGUCACUGGUAUUUUCUUGCCGCUGGUACGCCAAGGUUUCAAACAACUAACGGCUGGACUGCUUUCAGAAACCUAUUUGGAAGCUCACAAAGUUAGUUCGCUGAAUAAGACCGAAGAGGAGACGGCCCAAAGUUCUCUCACCCCCGAAGAAUUGGCCAUCCUGACCGAAGACGACUUCUACUCGAAACUGGCCACGUCAAUUGCGCCAGAAAUUUACGGACACGUGGACGUGAAAAAGGCGCUGCUCCUGCUAUUAGUAGGGGGAGUUGACAAGCGGCCGGACGGCAUGAAAAUCCGCGGCAACAUCAACAUCUGCUUGAUGGGCGACCCGGGAGUGGCAAAAUCACAAUUGCUCGGCUUUAUCGAUCGACUCGCACCCAGAAGUCAAUACACCACGGGGAGAGGUUCUUCGGGUGUGGGUCUCACUGCGGCCGUGAUGAAGGACCCGUUCACUGGCGAAAUGAUGCUGGAAGGAGGGGCUCUGGUACUGGCCGACCAAGGUGUUUGCUGCAUCGACGAGUUCGAUAAAAUGGCCGACCAGGACAGAACAGCGAUUCACGAGGUCAUGGAACAACAAACCAUAAGUAUUGCCAAGGCCGGCAUAAUGACCUGCUUGAACGCCAGGGUCUCGAUCCUGGCCGCCGCCAAUCCCGCCUACGGCCGCUACAACCCCAAAAGGACCAUCGAGCAAAACAUCCAGCUGCCGGCCGCCUUGUUGUCCCGUUUCGAUCUGUUGUGGCUGAUCCAGGACAAGGCCGACAGGGACAACGAUCUGAGACUGGCCAAACACAUAACGUACGUGCACCAGAACUGUAAGCAGCCGCCCAGCCAGACCGAGGCGCUCAGCAUGACGGUGAUGCGCAAAUACAUAGCCCUGUGUAAAUUGAAGGAGCCGGCCAUACCGGAAGAUUUGACUGAUUUCAUCGUUCGUGCUUACGUAGAACUGCGUAAAGAAGCGCGCAAUUCUCAAGACAUGACAUUCACUUCGGCCAGAAAUCUUUUGGGCAUCCUCAGGCUGUCAACGGCUUUGGCACGGUUGAGACUGUCAAAUGUCGUAGAAAAAGAUGACGUAAACGAAGCCAUACGCCUCAUGGAAAUGAGUAAAGAUUCGCUAAACCAAACUAUCGAAAAUAGAGGAUACAGGCCACCAAAUGUCAACGACAAGAUAUUUGCCAUCAUCAGGGAAUUGGCCGGUAGUGAAAAAACCGUCAAAGUGGCCGAUAUUCUAGAAAAAUGUGCGUCGAAAGGUUACAAUCCUGACCAAGUUGACGCUUGUAUUGAAGAGUACGAAGAGUUGAACGUGUGGCAAAUCAACCAGACGCGUUCAAAAUUAACAUUUAUUUAAGUUUAAACAGUUUUUUUUGUUUGUGUGCCUUUUUUGUAUUUUGAAAAUAAACUAGAAAUUUCUCUAA